ACGUCUUCUUUCCGGUCACCUGGAGCGGAGGCGCACCUGCCCUACCUGCCCUUCUACUUUUCACUUCCGGUUAAUAAAGGGGGAAAGCACAACAGCCGAAACAAAGUUGACACUUUUCACUCUCAGUUUCGCCGGAAUAAUGAGAGAGAACGCCUCAUGAACUGAGUGAUGCGAUUCAUCGUAUUGAAGAUGUGCUUCUGACAGCCCUUUACUGCCCCAUAACGAUUUAAUCAGCAAAAAAUAGACACAUUUUGUAUAUUGAAGGCUUGCAGAGGACAAGGUAUGUCUGUCCAAGUCUCCAAUGAAGAGGCGGUGCUCUUGCCCGCCAUUCAAACCGUGCAAGGUCAGAUAGCAGGAAUGGACAAGAUGCCAGAGAGUGUAAAAAAGACAUGCGAGGGCGACUUGGAGGAAGAGGAGGCUGCAGGCUGUCGUCUCGUGGAGGACGCCACUCUGCCGUGGCCUGGAGACCAAGACCGGAAGACACAGGAGACAGAUGGCGUCUCCUCCGGGAUGGGAGCGUCCGAGUCAGAGGAGAAGGACACAGGGUUUAGCACGGGGAGCCGGGACCUGUCCGAGGGCCACGAAGCCGACGCCGGGCUGAGCAAAGCCAAAUGGAGGGAGAGUAUGCCCGAGGGAGAGAAGUGGAGGGACGACCUCAUGGAGACGCAGCGGGACAACAAGGGAGAUGGUGGCUCACUGGCGGACGAUGAGGAGGAGGAGGAGGAAGUAGAUGACGACAUCCCCUGGAUCUCAGAGAAAGCCGCCAUGGGGAUCAUACCACAGGUGAAAAUAGUGCAACGCUCAUUUGAGGAAGCUCCUGUGGAGAGCAGACUGUCCGUAGAGGACCACACUGACAGGGAAGACCAGACAGGGCCCCCCCUGGACCAUAACUGGACACAACACGAUGACAAAGACCAUUUGUGUGAGGGCAUGUGCAGCGAGAAAUUGAAGGUGGUAUUGGCCACCGCAUCCGCGGCCGUCCUCUUCCCCUUCCUGGUGUGGGGGGGCUACGCCCUCUUGCCCUUUGACUCCCCGCUGCUCCUCAGUGCCCCCCUCAGGGUGGUGUACACACUGCGGUGCGCCGUCUUUGCCGCCAUCCCCAUCGUGCUGGGAAUAGUGGUGCAGGGCGUGGCCAGGCUGCACUACAGCGACAUGAAGCCGCGAUUCCAGAGCAAAGCGAUCAACAGGCAUGUGUCGGUGCACUCGCACUUCGUCAACGAGUCGCUGGGCCUUUUCCUCUUCUUCUUCCUACAGCUGGCUGUCAUGGCGACAUACGUCAGCCAGGACUUGCUCAAACUGGUCCCUCUUCUCACUGUCGUCUUUGUUUUUGGAAGGCUCAUCUAUUGGGUGUGCUUGUCGCUGGGCAGCAGCAUCCGAGGCCUGGGCUUUGGCCUCUCCUUCUUCCCCAUCUUUGUCAUGCUGGGCGCCAACCUCUUCUUCGUGUGCUCGUCUGUGGCUCAGGAAGCCGUGUUUGACGUGCAGCCGCCCACCACCCCGGCUCCCCCCAGCAAGCGCUGGUGGGGUUAAUGCCCCCUGGAGGUGGGACACGCUUACCUUUGUUUUGUGUCUAAGGACAUUCAUGUUGGAGGUAAGGAAUGACAAUUUCUACGUUUACGUAAGCAUUUUGCCACUUUAAAACCAACGUAUGUAACUC